UGCAGAUUACAGCUUUGAUUCAAACAUUUAAAAGUCAACACUGGUUAACAGAAGGAGGAUAAUUCCAGUGCAAGAUGUUACCACUGGUUCUUUGCACCUUGCUGCUGUUGGGAACCGCGUUCUCUGACACAACCGUCACAAUCUACAACGAGUGGCUCGCCCAGGGUGGACGUGUCCAUUAUGAAGUUCAAAGAUGGAACAAAAUUAAUGGCCUCACGCAAUUGAACCUUAUUCCAAAGAUUAAAUCUAUUGGAGCGGCUCCCGGUCGUUGGGUGAACAGAGACCUGACUCUCUUUCCAAAUUGGCCCCAAAGCCAUAGUCGCCAUGGUUACCCAGACCCCACCUAUCUCCAGGACCAUGCACUCCAGUCAAAGACAUGGGUGUGGUAUAUGCAACAAUUGAAAGAAUAUGGGAACUAUAUUGACAACAUGGUCUGGAACAUAGAAGGUCAGCACUGGCCCAGCUGGAUAGAUAAGUCUCAUCAUCAAGGUAAAUUCCCCAACAACGUUGACGCUGCGUCAGAAUUUGUGUCGCUGAUGGUUCAGAGUGCCAAGGACUACUCAGGCGGGCGACUUCCCUACAUGUUUGAAGUCAUCAAUGAACCUGAUGGGAUUGAAAAGAUAAUUGACCCACAAACGAAUGUAGAUUUCCACAGGGCCGUCGCCGACAAGCUGAAGUCAAGAUUUGGAAUGAAAAUUGCGGGACCAUCGUACACUAGCAUGGCCUUACGACGAGCAGAUGAAAAUAACUUCGCCUUCUGGAAGAAAACUGCUAAGUUUCUGGACAUGUCUCUUGAUCACUUGGACUUUUUCUCUUUCCACUCCUACAACUAUCUGCGUAUAUCGGGUGGAAGUCACAGUUACUUUGGCAUCAACGAGGCGAGAUCACAUACUAUGGCAAGGACAUGCUCAUCCCCAUCAGCAACGGACAUGCGCAGACCACCAUCCAUCUACCCAGCUCUGGCUACCAUACAUCUUAUCUUAGAGUGGGAGCUAGCCGAGACAAGAAUGCCAAUGCAAAACCUCGUAGUAUUGUUUUCAAUGGCCACACGCUGUCUACAAGCUACAUGCUGUUUGAUGCUAUGAAGACGGAAGGGCAAACAAAAUGGAACGUUUGGGUGUUCAUGGUCCCUGCAUCACAGAUGAAAACAACAAACACCGUCAGCAUGACCUAUGAUGGGAACGGUGGCUACGUGACAUCCGUCGCACUUGUUGCUGGAAAACUUCAGUAAAUAAAAUUCCCCUAACAAA